CGCAAGACAGAAAGAUAGUUUGCAAGUAAAAUGUUGAUUUUCAGUUUUCAACAACCGACACAUUCUCCUUUGCUUCUCGUCUCCGCAAAUCUUCAAUCAUCACCGACUCGCUCACUUCCACUCACUCUCUCCAACUGAGUCACACCAACGAUUCACCGACACAGUUACUUAUAUCAUUUCUCUACUCUUACCACCGAGUUACUCACUCACCCACUCGCUCCCCAACUCAGUCGCCACCGUGGCUCACAAACAGAUACAAAUGGAUUCCUCCUCCGACGAAGAAGACGACCACCACAACCUCAUCCACCAGAACUCAACAAAACCUCGAACUCCUCCCUCCAUCACCGCCGCAACAUUCCACGUCGAUGAUCUCAAUUCGCGAUUCCGGCGAGCCAAUUUCAAGUUCCAGAAGAAGUACAUUAUCGCCAUUAUCGUUCUCCUCAUCGUCAUUCUCCUCUUCUCCAUUCCAAAUCUCCGCCGUCACUUCUCCACCGCUUCCUUCAUCUCCGAUUCAGUUUCCGAUCGAAUGAAGGAAUCCGAAUUGCGUGCCAUUUACCUCUUACGUCAACAACAACUAUCUCUUUUAACCGUUUUCAACCGCAAUUCCCAAUCCAACACUUCGGAUCCGAACCAAACCCCAAACCUAAUCGAGGAUCUGAAAUCUGCACUUUCCAAACAAAUUUCCAUCAACAGCGAGAUUCAACAGAUUCUGUUGAAUCCGCAUAGAAUAGGGAAUGUGUUUGAUCCUGAAUUCGAUUUCGGAAACGUGAAUGUCAGUAAUGGAAAUUACGAUACGUGUAGAACAAUUGAUCAGAAUUUAUCAAAGAGAAAAACCGUUGAAUGGAACCCUAAAGAGGGUAAAUUUUUGCUUGCUAUUUGUGUUUCAGGUCAAAUGUCGAACCAUUUGAUUUGUUUAGAAAAGCACAUGUUUUUCGCUGCUCUUCUUAAUAGGGUUUUGGUGAUUCCAAGUUCUAAAUUUGAUUACCAAUAUGAUAGAGUUGUUAACAUUGAUCAUAUAAAUAAAUGUUUAGGGAAAAAAGUUGUUAUUUCUUUUGAUGAAUUUUCUAAUGUUAAGAAGGAUCAUUUGCAUAUUGAUAAAUUUCUAUGUUAUUUCUCUUUGCCUCAACCUUGUUAUUUGGAUGAUGAAAAGUUGAAGAAAUUGAGUGGUUUGGGUUUGUCUAUGAGUAAACCUAAGGCUGUUUGGGAUGAUGAGGAUACUCGGAAUCCGAAGAAGAAGAGUGUUGAGGAUGUUAUGUCUAAGUUUUCUUAUGAUGAUGAUGUUAUGGCGAUUGGGGAUGUUUUUUAUGCUGAAGUUGAACAUGAAUGGGUAAUGCAACCUGGUGGACCGAUUGCUCACAAAUGCAAGACUUUGAUUGAACCUAAUCGCCUUAUUACGCUUACUGCUCAGCGUUUUAUUCAGACGUUUCUUGGAAGGAACUUCAUUGCAUUGCAUUUUCGGAGACACGGGUUUUUGAAAUUCUGCAAUGCUAAAAAACCAAGUUGCUUUUACCCCAUCCCUCAAGCGGCAGAUUGCAUCUUGAGGGUGGUUGAGAGGGCCGAUGCACCCAUCAUAUACCUUUCUACGGAUGCAGCUCAAAGCGAAACUGGUCUGCUUCAGUCACUAGUUGUGCUGAAUGGCAAGCCAGUUCCACUUGUAAUACGGCCAGCCCGGAAUUCAGCAGAAAAAUGGGACGCUUUGUUAUAUAGGCAUGGUAUUGAGGGAGAUGCACAGGUGGAAGCUAUGUUGGACAAGACUAUAUGUGCCAUGUCUAGUGUGUUCAUUGGAGCACCUGGUUCAACUUUCACCGAAGACAUCCGGCGGCUGAGAAAGGACUGGGGAUCAUUAUCGAUGUGUGAUGAGUACCUUUGCCAAGGUGAAGAACCGAAUAUUGUAGCGGAAAAUGAAUGAAUAUUGAAGAUAACGACAGUUUGAUUGUGUCGUGGCUCGGGACCAGACACUAAGUUGUCUUAUGUUAGGUUAGAUUGUAUUUUUCUCAUUUGAGUAGUCAUGUAUGAUAAUAGAAUUAGGAUUUUAUUGUGAAGUUUUGCUUAUUAUACUUAUUCUUUUAUGACAUUGAUUGUAACUUGUAAAAUAUACACGUUGAUCCUGAAAUUUGCCCCAUAACAGUUUUGUGGCAUUUCAAUAUCCCAUUUUUCUUCUCAUUUGAAAUGGAACCUUACCAUUAAGAUACAA